UUCCCCUCCUCCUCCCCCCGCGGAGAGCCCCGACGGCCUCAGCCCCGCAGCCCCAGUGACAGGAGGAGACAGGAGCCCCCGGCAGCGCCAUGGCCCAGAUACUCCCCAUCCGUUUCCAGGAGCAUCUCCAGCUCCAGAAUCUGGGUAUCAACCCAGCAAAUAUUGGCUUCAGUACUUUGACUAUGGAGUCGGACAAAUUCAUCUGCAUUAGAGAAAAAGUAGGAGAGCAGGCUCAGGUGGUAAUCAUUGAUAUGAAUGAUCCAAGUAAUCCCAUUCGUCGACCAAUUUCAGCUGACAGUGCCAUCAUGAAUCCAGCUAGCAAAGUAAUUGCAUUAAAAGCUGGGAAAACACUUCAGAUAUUUAACAUUGAAAUGAAAAGUAAAAUGAAGGCUCACACCAUGACUGAUGAUGUCACCUUUUGGAAAUGGAUUUCUUUGAACACUGUUGCCCUUGUUACGGACAAUGCGGUCUAUCACUGGAGUAUGGAAGGAGAGUCACAACCAGUGAAGAUGUUUGAUCGCCAUUCUAGUCUUGCUGGUUGCCAGAUUAUCAACUACCGUACAGAUGCAAAGCAGAAGUGGUUACUUCUUACUGGCAUAUCUGCACAGCAAAAUCGUGUGGUGGGAGCCAUGCAGCUUUAUUCUGUAGACAGAAAAGUGUCUCAGCCCAUUGAAGGACAUGCUGCUAGCUUUGCACAAUUUAAGAUGGAAGGAAAUGCUGAAGAGUCAACACUGUUUUGUUUUGCAGUAAGGGGGCAAGCUGGAGGCAAGUUACAUAUCAUUGAAGUCGGCACACCACCUACAGGGAAUCAGCCUUUUCCAAAGAAAGCAGUAGAUGUCUUUUUUCCUCCAGAAGCACAAAAUGACUUUCCUGUGGCAAUGCAGAUCAGCGAAAAACAUGAUGUGGUAUUCUUGAUAACCAAAUAUGGCUAUAUCCAUUUAUAUGACCUGGAGACUGGUACCUGCAUCUACAUGAAUAGAAUCAGUGGAGAAACCAUCUUCGUUACUGCACCUCAUGAAGCAACAGCUGGAAUUAUUGGUGUAAACAGGAAGGGACAAGUGCUGUCGGUGUGUGUGGAAGAAGAGAAUAUAAUUCCUUACAUCACCAAUGUCCUACAGAAUCCUGAUCUGGCUUUGAGAAUGGCUGUGCGUAACAACUUAGCUGGAGCUGAAGAGCUUUUUGCCCGGAAAUUUAAUGCUCUUUUUGCACAAGGAAAUUACUCAGAGGCAGCAAAGGUGGCUGCUAAUGCACCAAAGGGAAUCUUACGUACCCCAGACACCAUUCGCCGGUUCCAGAGUGUUCCAGCACAACCAGGUCAGACUUCACCUCUACUCCAGUACUUUGGAAUCCUUUUAGACCAAGGCCAGCUGAACAAAUAUGAAUCCUUAGAACUGUGUAGGCCUGUGCUUCAACAGGGGCGUAAACAGCUACUAGAGAAAUGGUUAAAAGAAGAUAAGCUGGAGUGUUCAGAAGAAUUGGGUGAUCUAGUAAAAUCUGUGGACCCUACAUUGGCACUUAGUGUGUACCUAAGGGCUAAUGUUCCAAAUAAAGUUAUCCAGUGCUUUGCAGAAACAGGCCAAGUACAGAAGAUUGUACUGUAUGCCAAAAAAGUUGGUUAUACUCCAGACUGGAUCUUUCUGUUGAGAAAUGUAAUGAGGAUCAGCCCAGAUCAAGGUCAACAGUUUGCUCAAAUGUUGGUUCAAGAUGAAGAGCCACUUGCUGAUAUAACACAGAUUGUUGACGUGUUUAUGGAAUACAACUUAAUCCAGCAGUGCACUGCAUUUUUACUUGAUGCUUUGAAAAAUAAUCGCCCAUCUGAGGGUCCCCUGCAAACACGGUUGCUUGAGAUGAACCUUAUGCAUGCCCCUCAAGUUGCAGAUGCUAUUUUAGGGAACCAGAUGUUUACACAUUACGACCGGGCUCAUAUCGCUCAACUCUGUGAAAAGGCUGGCCUAUUACAGCGUGCACUGGAGCAUUUCACUGAUCUGUAUGAUAUUAAGCGUGCAGUUGUUCACACCCAUCUUCUGAACCCUGAGUGGUUAGUUAAUUACUUUGGUUCCUUAUCUGUGGAAGAUUCCCUGGAGUGCCUCAGGGCUAUGCUUUCUGCCAAUAUUCGCCAAAACCUGCAGAUUUGUGUCCAGGUGGCUUCCAAGUAUCAUGAACAGCUCUCAACUCAGUCCCUGAUUGAACUAUUUGAAUCCUUUAAGAGUUUUGAAGGACUUUUUUAUUUCCUGGGAUCCAUUGUCAACUUCAGUCAAGACCCAGAUGUGCACUUUAAAUAUAUUCAGGCAGCCUGUAAGACUGGGCAGAUCAAAGAGGUAGAGAGAAUCUGCCGAGAGAGCAACUGCUAUGAUCCCGAGCGUGUCAAGAACUUUCUCAAGGAAGCAAAACUAACAGACCAGUUACCACUCAUCAUUGUUUGUGAUCGAUUUGACUUUGUUCAUGACUUGGUGCUCUACUUAUAUAGAAAUAAUCUCCAGAAAUAUAUCGAGAUUUAUGUGCAGAAGGUGAAUCCAAGUCGUCUUCCUGUAGUUAUUGGAGGAUUACUUGAUGUUGAUUGCUCUGAAGAUGUCAUAAAGAACUUGAUUCUUGUAGUGAGAGGUCAGUUCUCUACUGACGAGCUUGUUGCUGAAGUGGAAAAGAGGAACAGAUUAAAACUUCUACUGCCUUGGCUAGAAGCCAGAAUUCAUGAGGGUUGUGAGGAGCCUGCUACUCACAAUGCAUUAGCUAAAAUCUACAUUGACAGUAACAACAACCCGGAAAGAUUUCUUCGUGAAAAUCCCUAUUAUGACAGUCGUGUUGUUGGAAAGUAUUGUGAGAAGAGGGAUCCCCACUUAGCAUGUGUGGCUUAUGAACGUGGCCAGUGUGAUCUGGAACUUAUUAAUGUUUGCAAUGAAAACUCUCUCUUCAAAAGUCUUUCCCGCUAUUUGGUUCGCCGUAAGGAUCCAGAGCUUUGGGGUAGUGUUCUCUUAGAGAGCAACCCUUACAGGAGGCCCCUGAUUGACCAGGUUGUACAGACAGCCUUGUCUGAGACUCAGGAUCCUGAAGAGGUGUCUGUUACUGUCAAGGCAUUCAUGACUGCAGACCUUCCCAAUGAACUUAUUGAACUAUUGGAGAAAAUUGUUCUUGACAAUUCAGUGUUCAGUGAACACAGGAAUCUACAAAACCUCCUUAUCCUCACUGCAAUUAAAGCCGACCGUACCCGUGUUAUGGAAUAUAUCAACCGACUAGAUAAUUAUGAUGCUCCUGAUAUUGCUAAUAUUGCAAUCAGCAAUGAGUUGUUUGAGGAGGCAUUUGCCAUUUUCAGGAAAUUUGAUGUCAAUACGUCAGCUGUGCAGGUCUUGAUUGAACACAUUGGAAACCUGGAUCGUGCAUAUGAGUUUGCUGAACGCUGCAAUGAACCUGCAGUAUGGAGUCAGCUUGCAAAGGCUCAGUUGCAGAAAGGGAUGGUGAAAGAAGCCAUUGAUUCCUAUAUCAAAGCAGAUGAUCCUUCAUCUUACAUGGAAGUUGUUCAGGCUGCCAAUACUAGUGGCAACUGGGAAGAACUGGUUAAGUACCUGCAAAUGGCUCGCAAGAAGGCUCGUGAGUCCUAUGUAGAAACGGAACUGAUCUUUGCUCUGGCUAAGACCAAUCGCCUUGCAGAGCUGGAGGAAUUCAUCAAUGGGCCAAAUAAUGCUCAUAUUCAACAAGUUGGGGACCGUUGUUAUGAUGAGAAAAUGUAUGAUGCUGCUAAAUUGUUGUACAACAAUGUUUCCAAUUUUGGUCGCUUGGCAUCUACCCUAGUUCACUUGGGUGAAUAUCAGGCAGCUGUUGAUGGGGCCCGGAAAGCUAACAGCACUAGAACAUGGAAGGAGGUCUGCUUUGCCUGUGUAGAUGGGAAAGAGUUCCGCUUGGCCCAGAUGUGUGGGCUUCAUAUUGUGGUACACGCCGAUGAACUAGAGGAGCUCAUAAACUACUAUCAGGAUCGAGGGUACUUUGAAGAACUGAUAACCAUGUUGGAAGCAGCACUGGGGCUUGAGCGAGCCCACAUGGGAAUGUUUACUGAAUUAGCAAUUCUCUACUCAAAAUUCAAGCCACAGAAAAUGAGGGAACAUUUGGAGUUGUUCUGGUCCAGAGUGAAUAUUCCAAAGGUGCUAAGGGCUGCAGAACAAGCACAUCUUUGGGCAGAGCUGGUAUUUUUAUAUGAUAAAUAUGAAGAAUAUGACAAUGCCAUAAUUACUAUGAUGAAUCAUCCAACAGAUGCAUGGAAAGAAGGACAGUUUAAAGAUAUCAUUACCAAGGUAGCCAAUGUGGAACUGUAUUAUAGAGCAAUACAAUUCUAUUUAGAAUUCAAGCCUCUGCUACUAAAUGACCUUCUGAUGGUACUGUCUCCAAGACUGGAUCACACUCGUGCUGUCAACUAUUUCAGUAAGGUUAAACAGCUUCCAUUGGUUAAACCAUACCUACGCUCAGUUCAAAACCAUAACAACAAAUCGGUGAAUGAAUCAUUAAAUAACCUCUUCAUUACAGAAGAAGAUUACCAGGCACUGAGAACGUCAAUAGAUGCAUAUGACAAUUUUGAUAAUAUUUCUCUUGCUCAACGUUUGGAGAAACAUGAACUUAUUGAAUUUAGAAGAAUUGCUGCGUAUCUCUUCAAAGGCAACAAUCGCUGGAAACAGAGUGUAGAGCUAUGCAAGAAAGACCGACUUUAUAAGGAUGCAAUGCAGUAUGCCUCUGAAUCCAAAGAUACAGAGUUGGCAGAAGAGCUGCUACAGUGGUUUUUGCAGGAAGAAAAGAGAGAGUGCUUUGGAGCUUGUCUCUUCACCUGUUAUGAUCUCUUAAGACCAGAUGUUGUGUUGGAAACUGCGUGGAGGCACAAUAUCAUGGACUUUGCCAUGCCCUAUUUUAUCCAGGUCAUGAAGGAAUACUUGUCCAAGGUGGAUAAACUGGAUGCUUCUGAAUCUCUGAGAAAAGAAGAGGAGCAGGCUACAGAGACGCAACCCAUCGUUUAUGGUCAGCCACAGUUGAUGUUGACAGCAGGGCCCAGUGUGGCAGUUCCUCCUCAAGCACCUUUUGGCUAUGGCUACACUGCGCCUCCCUAUGGGCAGCCACAACCUGGCUUUGGGUACAGCAUGUGAGGCAGAAAAUGGAUCCUGGAGCUGGCUGUCUUCUUACUGAAACUCCACCGUCCCAACCCACCUCUCAAUUCAUAACAGGGAAAAAAGCAACAGAGUUUUGCUUCGUGUUCUUGUAACCUUUGUUUCAUGAAGGACUUUUUUUUCCUAGAGCAAACUUGGAUCACCUAUGUUUGAACCUUUAUUUCACAUUCCACAUCAUCUUAGAAUUUAUUUUCAAAGGGUAAUAGUUUAAAUGUUUGUUCAUGUGGGCUUUUUUCCUCCCCCUCCUCCUUUACAGAACUGCUUAACAUUCAAACAGUCUGUUGUGAAGAACUUGAUUUGCACUCUGUAGUGUUUAUAAAAAAAAAAAGAGAAACUCUAAUAUCAAAUUUCUUAAAUUCAAUGUACGCGAGCAGCUUAAAAUAUGUACUGUCUAAAUGCAUUUAAGUCUUAUUGUAUAUUCAAAGAAAAGCUAAAGCAAAAAUCGGUAUUUGACCAUGCAAGACUGCCAAUGACAACAAAGACAACACUAAUCAGCAUCUUCUGCACUGGUUGGAUUGCAUAGCUCUUCAAAUUAUUACCGUACAGACAACUUUGCCUGAUAUUUUAAAAUGAGCAUAAAAGGCCCUCUAACCUAUGCAGGUUUAAAGUUACACAUAUAGAAAUGCUAGCGUGUUUUGCUCACUCCAUAUGUAACAGAUGCCCUUAUGUUGUGCUGUAUCCUGUGCUUUUUUUGUGGGACCAUUCCAUUCAGGAACAAAGAGCACCAUGAUUCCAAUUCAUGUGUAUUUACUAACCCUUCCCUGAGGUUUGUGUAUGUUGGAUAUUGUGGUGUUUUAGAUCACUGAGUGUACAGAAGAGAGAAUUCAAACAAAAUAUUGCUGUUCAGUUUUGGUUGUGCAAUUUGAAAUUACUCAAAUUUAAAAUAAAUUACUGGACUGUGGACAUACCCUG